CUUCGGUGGUACAUGGAAGCGGAUGGUUGUGCCGAAGUGAAGGGUGUCCGUCGAACAGACCUUAGCAGUGGGAAGUUCCACUCACUUGAAAAAGCGCACGCUCAAGGACGGACCAGAUGAGCAGCGAGGUACAAGAAGACGUGGAAAUGGCGACGUUGGAGGAGCUCUUUGAGUUCAUCGAUUGCUGCGUGUGCCCCGACGUCUUCACCGAGAACAUCGACACUUCUGAUCCUUGGUGUGAGCACGCCAUGCUGCCACCUCUCGAAUUCUCGACAACUACUGCACAAGGCUCACCUACGACAAUUGACCGAGCUUCUCGAUCACCUGAGAGCAACGCGCCGGCCACUAAGCCGAAGCGUAGACGAAAGCGAACGGGCUGGAGCUCGUCGACGGGACUGCAGCGACGUAAGCGCGCGGAGCUGCAGUUCUUACGGGAACACGUCCGUGACCUCGAAGAGUACGCGGAACGACUCAAGAAACGAGUUGGGCUGACGAGUGUAGAAGAUGAGCUAACGGUCAAUUGGCAGGAAAUUGCUGCAGUUGAGUACGCGGAACGCCAGAAAGCGGAGGAUCUCAAUCGGAAUCUACGGAGAGUCAUGGAUAAUCAACUGCAGCUUAGCGCGGCAUUUAAACGUAUGACAGACCAAAAUGCGCUUGUUUGAAUAAUUGAAAUACAUAAAUGACCAUUUACCAUGUCGUAGGCAAUAAUCG